AUGUCUAUACAUGUCUUGUCAUUAUGGCUCACACUUUUUGCACCGGUGCUUCUGUUGUGGCCAGCAUGUGGAUUUGGAACUGAGGAGACUCCGCAGGAAACAUGUAUGUACUUGAUCACUCCACAGUACUCAGAUGAACUUGGUGUCUAUCAAGACGGUGAUGUGAUUAUUGGUAGUCUCAUCAAUUUACACAACCUGGCUGCAACUCCUGACCUGAGCUUCAACAGAAAACCUGGAUUAGCACAAUGCUUAGAGUUUCAGGAACGUACUUACCGCUGGUUUCAGGCAAUGGUUUUUGCAGUUGAAGAAAUUAACCAAAACCCCUCUCUGUUGCCGGGGGUCAAACUGGGUUAUCACAUAAUGAAUAGUUGUUCCCGUUACCCUCACAGCCUGACAGCAGCCAUGUCAAUGAUCAGUGGAGGAAACAAAACUUGUGGUCCCACUAAACCAGCUAAGCUUCUGGUCGGAGACUCUUCAUCUACUCAAAGCAUUCUUCUAUCCACAACAUUGAUUCCCCUGAAAAUUGCAAUGAUCAGUUACCUGGCCAGCUGCCCAUGUCUCAGUGACAGACAAAAGUAUCCAAAUUUUUUUCGCACUAUCCCCAGUGAUGUUUAUCAAGCACGCACCAUGGCACAGAUUGCCAAACGCUUUGGGUGGACAUGGAUUGGAGCCGUGAUUGCAGAUAGUGACUAUGGGCAUGGGACUGUGCAGGCAUUUGAAGAAGAAAUUAAAGGCACCGGGAUCUGCUUGGCCUUUUAUCAUACACUCUACAGGGAGCAGUUAGAAAAAGAUGUGGCCUUUGCUGCCAGAACAGUCCAAGCCUCUUCUGCUCGAGUGAUCCUGGUUUUGGCUUGGUAUACAGAUGUGGAGGCAUUUCUGUUGGAAUUGAUGCGUAGGAAUGUGACAGAUAGACUGUUCCUGGCCAGUGUGAUCUGGAGCACCAGUUACAAUAUCAUGGCUAAUCCCCAGCUCUAUACCAUCUCAAAGGGAACUCUAGGUGUAGCUUUAAGAAGUGCACCCAUGCCUGGAUUCAGUGCGCAUCUUCGGCAGUUACAUCCUGCCCGUUAUCCUGAUGAUAAAUUCUUGAGGACCUUUUGGGAAAAUACAUUUGGUUGUAGUCCUACAAUAAGCUCUUCCGUGAUUUUCCAGAACUCCUUGCCUCCAUGCAGUGGCAGAGAGAGUCUAGAGGGUCACAGUGAAUUUACUGAUACAUCUCAUCUGACAGUUACAUAUAAUAUUUACUUGGCUGUUUAUGCUGCUGCUCACGCACUUCAUUCAUUGCUUGAGUGUAACUCACAAAAUCACUCUGAUUCAAAAAUAAAACCAAAGUGCUCCUCUCCAGACAACAUCACCCCUGCGCAGCUUUUACAGCAUGUUAAAGAAGUUCGUUUCACCACUCAGUUAGGAGAGGAGUUUUAUUUCCAGGAAGGCGGCAUUCCACCUGUCUAUGACCUGGUGAACUGGCAGAUAGCUCCUGAUGGUUCACUCCAAUAUGACUUUAUUGGACGAGUGGAUGGGGACCAGCUCAGUAUUAAUGACUCAGCUAUCACAUGGCCUGGAGACUCUGGGAAGGUCCCCGUAUCUGUGUGCACGUCUGAGUGUCCUCCAGGCACACGUAAAACCAUUAAGAAGAGUCUGCCAGUGUGCUGUUUUGACUGUCUGCCCUGCACAGAGGGGGAAAUCAGCAACAGUACAGGCUCAAUAAAAUGUUAUCGCUGUCCUAAAGAGUUCUGGUCAAAUAGUUACAGAAAUGAAUGUGUGGCCCGUGAGACUGAGUUUCUUUCUGUUAGAGAAACGAUGGGCAUCACGCUGAUGAGUGUCGCUGUUUCCGGUGCGGUCAUGACAACUACAGUAGCUGUGAUUUUCCUCUACCACCGGAACACUCCAAUAGUAAAAGCUAACAACUCAGAGCUGAGCUUUCUGCUCCUGCUGUCUCUCAAACUCUGCUUCCUCUGCGCACUGGUGUUUGUGGGCCGGCCUUCACUCUGGUCAUGUAGGAUUCAGCAGGCUGCAUUUGGGAUUAGUUUUGUCCUGUGCAUCUCCUGUAUUCUGGUCAAGACAUUUGUCGUUCUAAUUGCAUUCCAUUCUGCUAGACCUGGAUCUUCAGCUCUUAUUAAAUGGUUCGGACUGAGCCAGCAGAGAGGAAUUGUGCUGGGGUUUACCUGCGUCCAGGUGGUUAUCUGUGCCAUUUGGCUCUCUGUCAGUCCACCUUUACCUCACCAUAACUUUGGAAUGCAAGGGUCAAAGGUCAUUCUUGAGUGCACAAUUGGGUCUGUUGUGGGAUUUACCUGUGUACUGGGUUAUAUUGGCUUCUUGGCGACUGUGUGCUUCCUACUGGCCUUCUUCACCCGCAAACUUCCAGAUAAUUUUAAUGAGGCAAAAUUCAUUACUUUCAGCAUGCUGAUCUUCUGUGCUGUCUGGGUUGUAUUUGUGCCAGCAUAUGUUAGCUCGCCGGGGAAGUACAGUGUAGUGGUGGAAGUUUUUGCCAUCCUGGCCUCUAGUUUUGGACUUUUGUUUUGUAUUUUUGUCCCAAAAUGCUACAUUAUUUUACUUAAGCCAGAAAACAACACUAAGAAGUUUCUUAUGGGAAAAGAAUAA